CCGACUCAGCGUAAGAGCUCUCGUCGCCCGCCUUUCUCUCCACCUUCACACCUUCACGCCCUCACGCCCUCACGCCCAUCACAACCAUGGCGCUAUCAGGCUUUCUCUUCCUCUCGUUUCGCAUCGCGCAGACUCUCACCCUGAUCCCAAUUGUGGGCAUGCUAGCGUGGUUCGUUCACGGUUUCGUCGUCAACAACCAGCUCACACCAACCUUCAUCCUCUUGCUCUUCAUCACCUCAGUACUGGCAGCAGCAUGGGCGCUUGCAACGCUUGUGACCUACCUGCGUGCUCGUCACUCCGCCUUGUUCGUUGCCUUGGUCGAUCUCGCUUUCGUGGGCACUUUGAUUGCCGCCGUCUACGAGCUGCGUGCCAUCACCAACCAAGAUUGCUCCAACUUCAGCAGCGGAAGCAUCUAUCUCAGUCUUGGGCCCUUCGGAUACUACGGUCGACAGAGCGGUAGCGACUGGUCUCUUCACAUCAACAAGACUUGUGCCAUGCUCAAGGCCUGCUUUGCGCUUGCCAUCAUGAACAUCAUCUUCUUCUUCACUACUUUCCUGCUCGCACUCCUCGUUCACAGGAAUCAUCGCGAUCGCGACACUGUUGUGGUGAAGAAAGAGUAUCACAGCACACGCCACGGUCAACGUCGCUCCAGCCGUGGAAGCGUUGAUAGACGUAACUCUCCUCGCCGCUCACACCACAGCAGCAGCCGACGUUACUAUGUCUGAAGAACAUACGAUCCAACGCAGAGGCAGUCUACAUAUUCAGCCUCCUCGUACGAGCCGCGAGAUUUCCCUUCUAUGCAAUUUCUCCUUGACGACGACAUGAACCAUUCAAUAUGCCUCAGCAGGCAUGCACCACGAACUUACCCUUCAGACAGAGUUGUCCUGCAUAAUCUGCUUUCCAUAUCUUACGUAGCACUCGGCAUGAUUUGCUAGACAUAUGCUUCGUUGCCCAUCAAUGUAGUCAACGAUUCCGGAUGACGUCUUUGUUUCUAACCUUUC